AUGGAAUUCGGGAUGCGGCUCACAAAAGAGCUGUCGAGGCUAAAGGCCGUCGCCGGCACCGCCAGCAAUACCGCCAGCCGGUUGGCCUGCUCCUGCUCUGCAUCUUUUGCCCGUGUUAAAGCAAUCUUCGCAUUCGAUACUUCGGCAUUGGCCAGCGAGGAGUCCACGCCGGCAAUGAGGCCGCUUGUGGAACGCGCAACGGCAUUGGCUUUAAAGACCAGGGCACGCUCCAGGUUUUUUUCCUGGGAGACCGUGAUCUUCUGGAAGGCCAGCAGAUUCAGGUAAGCAGCUGCGACUUUAAUUUGGUGUUGA